AUGGAGACUCCGCCGUCGAAGUCAAUUGCCAAAGUCUUCCUCAGCAGCAUUCUGGUGCGUCUCAUUUCGUUCUGCGUUCUGGUUUUAGUUGCUCGGUUUGCUUUCAUCCUCGCCAUCAAGGCUCGGUCGUGUUAUUCCCCGGACUUCUCCUUCUUCCCACAGUCUCUCAAUUCCGCCGCCGACCGCCGUCGUCUGUACUACUACACCUCUGUUUUCCAAGGUCUCGUUACGGAAGGCAUCCUCUCGACGAAUUCCAAUUCUCUCUGCAUCGAAACUCAGUCCGCCGACGAGGUCGGCGCCUUGAGAGAAAUCGGCGUCGUCAAUUCAAUCGGAAUUUCUUCCAAGAAAUUGUCCUCCCAAGGAACUCGAUACGCUGAUUUGUUCAAUCAGCCAUUCAAGAACGAUACCUUUGAUUUUGAGUUCUCCGGCGCCGCCGGUCUCGACCGGACACGGAAACCGGUUCAAUUCGCUCGGGAAGUCUCCAGAACCCUAAAACCGGGCGGAUUCUUCGUCGUGCACACGAAAUCGUUUAGGGACAAAUACAGACUCCAGUCCUUACUUCGAUUGCUCGGAAAAUUCAAGCUGAUUAAGUUCCGUGAAAUUGGGGGUUUAGAUCAUUUACCUCUUCACGAACUCGUACUCAGGAAGAAGAAUCGAGCUUCUGAUCGUGAAGGAUCUGCAGGUUCUGUGAAAGGUAAGAGUGGACGCAAAUGUUCUGUCCCUCGCUACAAGCUUGAUUUGAUUAGGAAUGCAGAGCCAUUGAUUGAAGAAGAGCCAUUGAAGCCAUGGAUCACGUUGAGUAGGAACAUUAAGAACGUGAGGUAUCUUCCUACAAUGGCUGACAUAAGCUUCAAAAACAGGUAUAUAUACAUCGAUGUUGGAACACGAGGCGAUGGCGCCAGCAUUCGCAGUUGGUUCGAGAAGCUCUAUCCGAAACAAGAUAAACAGUUCGAAAUGUAUGUGAUUGGGAGGGCAGUCAUGGAUGCAGCAUUUUCUGAUGAACGCUACGGGAAGAAAGGCUUCACCGUGUUGCCGAAUUCUGCUUGGAUUAGAAACGAGACAUUGUUUUUUGAAAUUAGCCGGGAGCAGAGUAGGAAGAACGACGAAAAAGAUAUAGGGAUGGGGAGGACUCAGUCUGUUCAACCUUCCAGUAAUUUCAUGGCAGACACGAACAAGAUCCGAGGAUUCGAUUUCGCAAUGUGGUUGAAGAGCACGGUAGGGCAGAUGGAUUAUGUGGUGGUGAAGAUGGAUGUGGAAGGGAUCGAGUUCCAGUUAAUCCCGAGACUCAUCGAGACAGAAGCUAUCUGCUUGAUCGACGAGAUGUUCCUCGUUUGCCAUUACAAUCGAUGGCGUGGAUGCUGCCCAGGAAGGAGACGCCAGAAGUAUCGAAAGACGUAUGCUCAGUGUUUGGAGCUCUUCUCCUCCCUUCGACAGAGGGGAGUUCUCGCGCAUCAAUGGGUGCAUACAUAUUGUGAAUACACCAAAUUCUGAUACUAAUCGUUCUCGAAGAACGCCGACAGGUUCCUUCUCCGUCGAGCAAGGUAGCUUUCUGUGAUCUUUUAGUUUGUUAAAUUGCUGCUUAGUUUUCUCUAGCUUUGGAAACUCACAAUGGCUAUCUUAUAACAUCUGCUGGUUAAAUUUUUCAGCAAAAUGGCUAUGAAAACAGUAAAAUUGCUCCCUGUUUGUGUUUCUGCAGAGUAUUUAGUUAGAAGUUUUGGUAACAUUGUUUGAUUUGUGAUCACAUUUUGAAGUGCUUCUAGAAGAAUCUGCAGUCACAAUUAC